AUGAAACUAUCACUGAGUGCAUGUCUUUACCUAAUUACGUCAACAAUUGCAACAAAACUUUUACAAACUCCAAACAAAAUAUGUAAUCCAAAUCCAAAAUCAAUAAUACCAUUUACGGGUUUUAAGAUAUUUAGACAAUAUAAAAUAUCAGGUUAUAAAAAUCCAAUGUCAAUGCAUUUUCUUACAUUAGCUCAUUGUAAUCAUGGUCAAAUAGAUUAUCAAAAAGUUAUAAGAACUACAAAAAGUUCAGAAGUUGAUUGGUCAAUACCAAUAUGUUUAUUAAAACCAAAAUUAGGUGAGAAAUUAAUUACUUUAAAUUCUUUUAAUAUUGAUGAUCCAGAACCUAUUAGUGAUCAAUUAAAUUUGGAAUUAUUAAGUUAUGUUAAUAAUAAAUCAAUCAAGUUGAAGAAGCUAUUGAGGAAAAAAAUUGAUUUAGUUUUGGAGAAAUUAACAAAUGGGAAAUGGAUUGAAUAUAGUGGUAAAUCCAAAUCUGAAACAUUUGAAAAUUUUAAAACAAAUAAUAAUAAUAAUAAUAAUCAACAACAUAUAAAUUUUAAUAUAAAUAAUUUACAAAAUUCAUUUAAAAAUCUAGAAGAUUCAAAUCUUAUAUGUUAUAAAUUAGCAAGACGUAAAAAAUAUGCCAAACGCAAGAUAUCAUUCUUUAUGCCUUAUACUUUUGUUGGUGGAAUAUUUGAAUGUUUAGUAUCAUCAGAUAUAAAAAAUCAAAUGUUUCAAAAUAUAUUAAAUGAAGAAGAUAACAACCUACAAAAUUUAAAUUCAAUAUUUUUAAUUCAAUCAUUAACUUCUUCAUCAUCUUUCAAAUGUGAUCCAAUUUUAUCAAGACCAAUUUCACCAUUAAUAGCAGAAGAUUCAACAAAUCAAUGGUUCACAAAUAACCUAUUCAAUUUUUUAAAUCCUUAUAUUUUACAGAAUAUUCCUUAUUUAUCAACUACAACUCCAAUAAAUUUAAGAUUUUCAAUGUAUGAAACUUCAGAUAUGUUUAAAGAUACAUGGGCAACCAAGAUUGAAAUAAAUGAAAAUUAUUUAUUUGAUGAAGCUGAUUUACAUUUUUUAACUAAAUUUAUAAAUUAUUUUACUAAUUUUUUAAAUAAAUUGAUUGCUCCUAUUGAUUUUGAUUUAUUUUGGAAUAAAUUAAGCAAAGGUGAUGCAAAAGAAGAUCCAAAUAUUUUAAGUGCUACUUUGAAUGAGAAGAAGAAUUUUAAUUGGUUAUCUUUUGAUCAGAAAGUAUAUUUAGUAAUGAAUAAGUUUGGUAACAAUAAAUUAGUCAAUACCGUUCUAACGAGGUUUGAAAAACAAUUAUCAAAAAUCAAAGAUUAA